AUGAGCAUCGAUAUCGGAAAGCAUGGCUUGUAUAAAUUAAGCGAUAUACUCUACAGUUGGGCACCGCGAGUGAAGCACGAGGAAGCACGCACCCUACUCAAAACGGCAUUAAAGAGCUUAUCUGAACCAAGCUCGUAUCUUUACAACGAAGAGACAGGGAUUGAGUUGAAACUGGCAAUGUCUGGCGAUGGCUCUAGGCGAUUCUUGAUCCCUUCCCGGCAUAUUGAAUACCUUCGCUAUAGAAUCUGCUUAGAGAAUGAGCUCAGUCCAGCUUGUUUACCACUGCCAUCGUCAGCAUCUUACGUUGAUUUAUCGCAAUACUCGCAUAUAACUCCUACGACGUACACUAUCCCAUCUGAACUAACCCGCGAUAUGAGGAGAUUUCACCGUCAAGGCAAAUCCAAGAAACGUGGAGGAGAUGAUAACAUUAGUACUCACGACCUAUCAUCAUAUUACUUUGAGCGUGUUAGAUCUGAUUUUGAUGACGGCAAGAAGGGCUUCCUCAAAGUGCGUUAUGUCGCGGUCGAUGUUGAGAGCUGGGAGCUUGACCACAUGGUGAUCACUGAAAUUGGCUAUUCUCAGCUACACUUUGAGAAUGAGAAUCAAGUCAUCACACCUGGACAUAUCAUAAUCACUGAUCAUACCCGCUACAAGAAUGGCAAUUACGUGACUGAUAAUAGAUUCAAUUUCAGACAUGGGAAGAGUCAGCAGCUGAAUUUACAAGAAACGCGGGUAUUUUUGAAGCAGCUUCUCACCCCCAUUGCCAAUGAGAAGGUGGUGAUGGUUAUGCAUGGCGUGAAGAAUGACAUGCUAUCACUAGACACGAUGUUCCAGCUGAAAGGAAGAAAACACAGCGCGAACGCGACGCACUACUCAAUACCAGCAGAGUCAUCAUCAAAGGAAGAGUUCCAGGUCGAAGUUUUGGAUACGAACAGGUUGUUAACAUGUAUCGGCGACAAUCUCGAAGGUGUCUCACUUAGUGACUUUAGCCAAAUUCUCAAAGUUGACACUCCGAAAGGUGCAUUUGAGACACGCGACUACUACCAUAACGCAGGGAAUGAUGCAUAUGUCACUCUUAUUUCAUUCAUCCGCUUCGCCAAUGGUCUCGCCCUCGAGAGGCAGAGACAACAACUCAUACCAACCAUCCAAGCCGUGCUCAUGCCUCCAGUCGAAGAAGUCACAGAGAGGAUGGAAGAUGUUUUAUAA